CUGCUCCUCUUCAGCCUCUACUCGCUGGUGAACGCCUUCCAGUGGAUCCAGUACAGCAUCAUCAGCAAUGUGUUCGAGGGCUUCUACGGCGUGUCGCUGCUGCACAUCGACUGGCUGUCCAUGGUGUACAUGCUGGCCUACGUGCCGCUUAUCUUCCCGGCCACCUGGCUGCUGGACACCCGGGGCCUGCGCCUCACCGCCCUGCUGGGCUCCGGCCUCAACUGCCUGGGCGCCUGGGUCAAGUGCGGCAGCGUGCGGCAGCACCUCUUCUGGGUCACCAUGCUCGGCCAGUGCCUGUGCUCCGUGGCCCAGGUCUUUAUCCUUGGCCUUCCCUCCCGCAUCGCCUCGGUGUGGUUUGGGCCCAGGGAGGUGUCCACAGCCUGUGCCACCGCCGUGCUGGGCAAUCAGCUUGGAACUGCAGUUGGCUUUUUGCUACCACCUGUUUUAGUCCCCAACACACAGAAUAAUACAGAUCUCCUGACUUAUAGUAUCAGCACCAUGUUUUACGGGACAUCGGGUGUCUCCACACUUUUAUUUAUUUUAACAGCAAUUGGCCACUCCAGCAAGGCUCAGCUGCUGCCACCCGUCCCCGAGUCCUCUCGCCUGGGCCUGUCUCUUGAAGCAGUCAGUCAGAAUCACCUGCAAGCAGCCAUCACCAGUUUGGAAGAAGCUUGGGAAGCAUUCAAGGAAAAACCCCCAUACCCACCGAGUCAGGCUCAAGCAGCUCUUCAGGACAGUCCCCCAGAGGAGUACUCCUAUAAGAAAUCGAUAAGAAACCUGUUUAAAAACAUUCCUUUUGUCCUUCUGCUGAUCUCUUAUGGUAUCAUGACUGGAGCAUUUUAUGCAGUCUCAACAUUAUUAAACCAAAUGAUACUGACAUAUUAUAAGGAUCAGGAGGUGAAUGCGGGAAGGAUUGGGCUCACUCUGGUGGUGGCCGGAAUGCUGGGCUCCAUUCUGUGUGGCUUAUGGCUGGACUACACCAAAACGUACAAACAGACUACUCUGAUAGUUUACAUUUUGUCUUUUAUUGGAAUGAUUAUAUUUACUUUCACAUUGGACCUUGACUACAUUAUCAUCGUGUUUGUUACUGGAGGGAUACUUGGUUUCUUCAUGACCGGUUACCUCCCGCUGGGGUUUGAAUUCGCUGUGGAAAUCACUUACCCUGAGUCCGAGGGCACUUCGUCUGGUCUUCUUAAUGCUGCUGCCCAGGUUUUUGGAAUUUUGUUCACAUUGGCUCAAGGAAAGCUCAUAACAGAUUAUGGCCCCAGGGCAGGGAACAUUUUCCUCUGCUUGUGGAUGUUUGUGGGCAUCAUUUUAACAGCAUUAAUCAAGUCUGACCUAAGAAGACACAACAUAAAUCUAGGCAUCACAAAUGCUGAAAUUAAAGCUGUGCCCGUUGAAAGCCCCACAGAUCAGAAGCCAAAAGUUGCCACAUUAUCCGUCCAGUCAGAGUCAUCAAUCUGAAGUGGAAGGGAAAGUUACUGUCCCUCGGUCAGUGGAAUGCAGUGUGCUGACUUGUGGGGAGGUGUGAACAGUGAAGCUCAGAGUAGAAGUGACAGGGACAGGCGUUUAUUUGAAAAUUACUUGUAAGCUCUAAAUGAACAAUUAUUAUUUUGCUUAAUUAUUUAAGCAAUAUUUUGUUUACAUUAUGUUAACACUCCCACUCAUCUCAUUAGUGUCCCAUUUUCAGUGGUAUAUCAUGCCUGAAAGUAAUCUGCUGACAUUUAUUAUUCAAAGGUUAUUUUCGUACUGGGUGUGGUGGUGCACGCCUGUAACCCCAGCUGCUUAGGAAACUCUGAGACAAGAGGAUUUAUAGGUUUGAGGCCAGUCUGGGCAACUGUCUCAGAAGAAAGGGGCUAGAGAUGCAGCUUGGCACUAGGGUCCUCACCUGGUGGGCACGAGGCCCAGGGUUCAAUCCCCCGUAUUCUGGUGUUUUGUUUUGUCUUGCUUUUUUGGUAUAGGCUAUCGAACUCAGGACCUUGAGCCUGCAAGGCAGGCGAAGUGCCACUGAGCUAAGCCCCCGGCCCUUUUGUUUUGUUUUUUAGCUGGAUUUUUUUUUUUUUUUGGUGCCGGGGGAUCGAACUAGGAUCCUUCCACUUGCGCAGCAGGCGGCGGAACCACUGAGCCAAAUCCCCAGCCCCCUUUUGUUUUGUUGUUUGAAGAAAGUGGAAGCUUAGACUUUCUACAGUGAUUCUGAGGGGUAUGGUUCUCGUAAGAGUCCGUGCAACUUACAUAGGAAAUAUUCAGUGGGACCAAGGCGCUCUGCUGUGCUGCCCUCCAGAGUAUGCAGUGUGCACACUCACCAAGCGCGGGCUGUGAGGACACCCCCGUUCCUGUACUUGUUGCAUAGUGCUUUGUAGCAGGUCCUGUCAAAGACCACAGAAGCUGUCUGUGUUCAAAGUCUACACGCGACUGGUCAUAGGAUUGUGUCCUAGGUAAGCAAGUGUGCCAGACGCAGGGCACAUUGUCUGGAGUUCUUUUCUGGGGUGCCUUCGUAUUGUGGAUAAAUACUAACACUAUAAUUUUCAGUCCAGCUUGAAACAGAGAAGUUUUAUACCCAGUGGCCUUUUUUACUGCCUUUUAUUCAGUAUGUAACUCUCUAGCAAGAAAAUUCAUGAUAGGUUUUUUUAUGACCAUUUCAUGAUUUCUUACAUCACGCCCUACAAUGUUGCCUCGAAGAUCCGUAACCUCAGAUGGCCUGGGUGUCCCCAUUUAGUGGAGACCUUGAAAUGCUGACUGUCCUGAUUGUGCAAUGUCGUUUGCCUGUCCGUUCUCCUCAGAGGAGGCCUGUGCCCAGCAGGAGCCCCCCAGUACGCUGGGGCCCAGUCUGUCCUUCAGCACUGGGUGGCUGCUCCUCCACCUGCCCCAGAUGCUUUCCGCAUGCUCGGGUUGGGAGAAACAGGGCCAAAUGCUCCUCCACAGUGCCUAGCGCUGCAUUCUGUUUACAGUGAGAAUCUAAAUCUUGUCGAUGUCCUGGCUCUAAGCUUAGAUGAAGUAUCUUUACAGUAGUGAUGUUUGCUCCACCAUAAUAUUUACAUUAUGUCCAUGCACACAAACCCAAUCAGGUAAUGAACAUGUUUAUGUGAAUAACAGUUUUGAUUAAAGCAGAAUAUGUAUGCUGAUUUAAAUUGAGACUAUGUUAUCUGUAUUCAAAUGACUAUAAAUUAUAUAGAAUCUGACCCUAGAGAAUGUAUUCUGUUACCAGAAGAACAUAACUAAGAAUCAAGAACUCUGGUUCCAUGCCCUGGUCGUGUUUCUGUCUCACUGUAACUCUGGACAAGUCAUUUACCCUGUCCAGGCAGAAUUUUCCUAGUCCGUGAAAUGUGUCCACUUUGAUCUCAAAGAUCUUUUUAAAAUGUUAAAUACUAUUCAUUAUGGAGUAGACUAAAUCAGUGUACCACAAGAACUCAAACAGAAAAAAAUUCCCUGGACAGUUGAAUAAACAAUUGUGAUUUUUACUCUUGGAUAGAAGGGAUUUCAGCUCUUUUUAGUUGGUAGCAGAAGCCCAGGCAGAAUAUGCCCAGUCGCCAGCUUCUUUUGAUAUUUACAUCAUGGAUUAAAUUGGCCAGAAAUAUAUUUUAAAGUUCCUCCCAAAUAAUUAUUUUUAUUGUUUAAAAUAAUCACAUGCUUACUGAGUUUCUGAGAUUUUGAACAAAUAAAAAGUUGGAAUACUUUAUUUCUGAAACAUAUACAUACAUGUUUUCUUUGUCCUUGUUCAAAAGAGAGUAUGAGUGACAAAAAUAUAAAAUGAAUUGGUAAUUGUCUGUUUUUUGUGAAAGUUAUUUAUAAUGUGUUGGACAAGAAUGUCAUGAUUGUAUGUUUAACUUUCAAAAAUAGCAUAGGUAAUCAUCACUUGUGUGUAUUUUAAUCAAAGAGUUUUAGGAAAGAAACACUGGAUACGUUCAGAAGCUAUUACAUUUGUAAAUGUUCCAAAUAUAGUUUUUGUUUUUAUGACAGUGUUAGAAAUAUCUUUUCACAAUGUCUAUAUGUAAAAAUAUGUUUGUGUGUAUUAGGUGGAAGAAGGCUUGGGUCUUCUGUCAUUAUUCAUGUGCUAAUUUUUGCUCCUUUUACAGUUUGUCCGUAUGCUUGUUCUUCAUUAUUUCAGACUCAAAAAUAAAUUUAUUUUUUUAAUGUUCA